AUGUCAGCAGAGUUCAUUAUGCUUAAUUGCGUCGACCCACAUACCACGUCCCUAGUGACCUUCGAUAUUCGUCCUCCCGGUCAUCUUCUCGUGCCUCGGAGUUGCGUGGAUGUGGUGCCGUUCUAA